GGGGAGAAGGGGGUGGGUGUAAUUCUAAUGUAUACAAAGAGUCUGUUUGCGCGUUUGAUUCUCUUUAAAUAUGCAACAUCGGGUACUGUGAUUAUCAGUAAAAUAUCAUAAUUAUCUUUCAAAUACAAUACUUUCACGCUUCACGAUUUCAUAAUUAAUUGCUUACAUGAGAGGGGGGUGGGGAAGAGGGGGUGCUAAACAGAGAAAUUACGAUAUACCCUAAAUAAGUAUUACUCCUUGUUCACAAUCUUAUUUAUUUUCGAAAUCUUUUCCCGUCAAUUUUAUUAGUCCAGGUUCGUUGUUUAUUAUUUUCUUUGCGUCUAAUCCAUUAGUAAGAAAUAACGGAGGUUAACUCUACGCUGACUGGAACUUCAUUACGACUCUGUUUUUGUAUCAACCAAUUUCCUCUUCAAACACUCGUGUUACGUUGUUGAUCAUGCACGCCUUUAUCACGAACGCCUUUUCGCCAAUCCAAUUUGAGCAAUCAUCAUUCUCAGUUUAUCAAAAAAAACAAAGAAGAUGGAAACAGCUUAGUAGGUUAUGGGAGGUAAUGUUAUACAACAGCAUUGCGUGCUGUCGAACUUGACGGCCUUAUUUCGGAAGAUACACCUGGUCUUAAACCAGGUAUUAAAUUGCCUAAAAACGAAUCUCAACGGAGGGAAGCGGACUUGUACUUUAGAGCGGAAUUACCAAUAUCUGAUGUGAACGAGAAAUCAGUAAACGAAUGUGUGAUCAAAAUGUCAAAUUUGGUCUAUGAUUAUUUCGCUGAAAACUUCGGGACAGUGAAUAAAAAAAAUGACGACGACGAAUUCGAUAAGAGGUAUGCUAAUUAUACUAAGCAAGAGCUGAAACGUGAAUUUGAAAGCAUUGAAGCAUCAAUAUAUCACCGAUGUGAAUAACAUUAAGUAUACGUUUCAAAACUAUUACGUAACUUAGCUUCCAAAAAAAAAUCUACCUCCGGUUUGAAUUCCCUCAAUGAUGACGAAGAAAUUAAAAAAAACGUUUGGCGUUAUACGAAAAUGAAACUUUUCCCGACUUUUGCCGACCUUUAACCUGUCAAGCUGUAUAAAUUACUGCGUAACCAUGUGGAAAAGUUUAUUGCCCACGCAUACUUUCACAAUACCUGACUGGAUACCCUCAUUACCGACACCUACGCAUAAAUUUAAUUCAGAUCCUCCUACUUAUGCAAGAAAAACUUCAAUUAUUAGAAGAAUGAAAUCUAAUAGCUCUGCUUGCCCUUUGGACCAAUUUUCUAUUAUCGUAGUUAACUGCUAUAAUUCAAAAUGUAUGGAAAUCGGGUCAAAUACCGGAUACUUGGAAGAAAGCAGUCACUAUUUUGAUUCACAAAAAAGAUUCCCCUGAUGAGCCUAAAAACUUUAAACCAAUUACUUUGCAGCCAGUUCCAUUGACAAUUUUCAUGUCUGUCUUGCGUAAUACGAUGUACGAGUUCCUGUUAAUAAUAAUUUUAUUGAAAGCAGCAUUCAAAAAGGUUUUACUCCUGGAAUGUCUGGUACAUUUGAACACACAGCACACUUAGCAUUUCUAAUCAAGCAAGCCAAAAAACAACAACGUUCUCUAACAGUAUCUUUGUUGGAUUUAAAAAAUGCUUUUGGUGAGGUUCACCAUCGACUAAUCUCUACUGUAUUACAAUAUCACCAUAUCCCGGAGCAUUUUGUAAAUGCGUUCAUCAGAGUUAAUAGAGGAGUUCUACUGAACGCUUUUACUGCUUGGUGUUCAUGGGCCAAAAUGACUUUGCGGAUUGAUAAGUGUAAAACUUUUGCGGUAUCUAAAUUGAACUCGACAAGUUCCCAAUUCCUUCCAAAAUUACAUCUAAUUCAGAGUAUGAUUCCUACGGUAAAUCGUAAUGAAAGUUUCUGUUAUCUUGGGCGUUACCAUAAUUUUGCUAUGGAUAAUUCUGAUCACAAACGAUUACUGUUCGAGGAGACUGAAGAAAUGUUGGACAAAAUUGAUCGACUUUCAUUUACACCCGAAAUUUAA